GCGUGGGCAGGCGGCGGCCGCAGGCACGCCGGGUUAGCAGGAGGCCAAGCGGGCUGUGCGGUGAGGGGGCCGCAGGGGCGCGGGGCUGCGCGCCGGAAGUGUCGGGCACGGCAGAGGAAGCGCCGCAGCGCCGCGGAGCAGACCGAGGCGGCGGGGAGGCCUUUUCCUCCUCCGCGGGGGCAGGGGCGGCCGCGGCCCCAGGUCCCGCUAGGAGACGCGGCGCGACCCAAACGGGCAGCGACUCCCUGGGAAGGGACCCCGGGGGUGGGGAAGGAGGAAGCGAGAAGGCCCGCGAAGGGAAGGCGGCAGGCUCGGAGGCCUUGGCCGCGUGAGAGCACCCACAUGGCCUGCGGAGUGGGCGCGGCCUUCGAGGAGCUGCCUCACGACGGCACGUGUGACGAAUGCGAGCCCGACGAGGCUCCGGGGGCCGAGGAAGUGUGCCGAGAAUGUGGCUUCUGCUACUGCCACCGCCACGCUGAGGCGCACAGGCAGAAGUUCCUCAGUCACCACCUGGCCGAAUACGUCCACGGCGCCCAGGCCUGGACCUCUCGAGCAGGCGGGGAGGGGGCGGGGAAGGAAGAUGUGGAGGCCAAGGUGGAGCAGGAGAGGGAGAUAGAAAGCGAAGCCGGGGAAGAGAGCGACUCUGAGGAAGAGAGUGAGUCGGAAGAAGAGAGUGAGACGGAGGAGGAGAGUGAGGAUGAGAGCGACGAUGAGAGUGACGACGACAGUGAGGAAGAAAUGGAGGAUGAGCAAGAAAGCGAGGCAGAGGACAACCAGGAAGAAGGAGAAUCUGAGGCUGAGGGAGAAACUGAAGCAGAAAGUGAAUUUGACCCAGAAAUAGAAAUGGAAGCAGAGAGAGUGGCUAAGAGGAAGUGUCCCGACCAUGGACUGGAUUUGAGCACCUACUGCCAGGAAGAUAGGCAGCUCAUCUGUGUCCUGUGCCCUGUCAUUGGGACUCACCAGGGCCACCAGCUCUCUACCCUAGACGAAGCCUUUGAAGAACUAAGAAGCAAAGACUCAGGUGGACUGAAGGCAGCUAUGAUAGAGUUGGUGGAAAGGUUAAAGUUCAAGAGCUCAGACCCUAAGGUAACUCGGGACCAGAUGAAGGUGUUUAUACAGCAGGAAUUUAAGAAAGUUCAGAAAGUGAUUGCUGAUGAGGAGCAGAAGGCCCUUCAUCUAGUAGACAUCCAGGAAGCAAUGGCCACCGCUCAUGUGACUGAGAUACUGGCGGACAUCCAAUCUCACAUGGAUAGAUUGAUGACUCAGAUGGCCCAAGCCAAGGAACAACUUGAUACCUCUAAUGAAUCAGCUGAGCCAAAGGCAGAGGGCGAUGAGGAAGGACCCAGAUGCCAAGAGAAGAUGAGGAAAUGGGUCAGGUGGAUUUCCUAAAGAUACAGGAGCAGGAAAGUGGUGCCAGUGAAGAAGAGGACACAUGAAGGCUUGCCGUCCCCAGUGGAAACUCAUCCCCUCCCCUGUGUGUAUGUGACAGCGUGUGUGUAACGGCUUCUGAUUUCUGUGAAAGCUACUCAGCAACAAACGAACUUCCACCGUGUAUGUCCCCAGAUCCACAGCAGGCACAUAUCUCUGGAAGGGAGGACUGGUUUAUGCUGCUGACUGUGCUUUUCAUUCUCUGGUUGUGUUAGGUUGAAGAAAAGAGCCCCUUUGAUCAACCAGGAGCAAUUAAGAAAGGUCCUGCAGGCAGUUCCUCAAUGGCUGCUUUGAACUUGCUUAGGAAAGCCAGCCUCUGUGGUAUUGUCUAGCCAAACUAUCACUUCCUUAGGAAGGAUCUGGAACAAUCUUGAGAAGUCACAGUUUAUUCCUUACCUGCUAACAAAAUACCCACUUCAUUCAUAUUGAAGCAUGAAAUAAAUGAGGGCAAGAUAGGGCCAAAUUGACUCAUGUAGAAAGUCUCUAAAAGUCCAAUUCUACUUCUAUGUGAAUAUGUGGUACCAUGAGUUAAGACAGAUAACUUGAAAACAGUAUUGGAGAAAUAGUUAAAAGUUAGGAAGAUAAAGAUAUUUUUAGUAUAUGAGGUUAUCCAGGACUCAGAUUCAUAAUUCAGUGCUGUAGAAAUGAAAAAAAUGAUUGAAUAGGUGGAAAGGAAAUGACCUUAGGGAGAGAAAAAAAAAAAAAAGGAAGACCAAGGAAAUCUGAUUAAAAGUUGAAAUCAAUAUUUCUGAAUUCAAAUUGCCUAAGUUUCCAAAAUAGUUACUAAAGUAUCUGAUAGAACCUGAAUUAAUUUGGGUGAAUUUUUCUGCAGAUUUUAUGGGCUUGUCACAUGAAGGGCUGAAAUACCAAAUGGGAAUUUGCAGUGUAGGUUUUUGCUGGUCCCGCCUCCAAUUUAGCCCAACUUGGCUUACAUGCACGUAGGGAGAAUUCCUGCCAGUUUGUGUAUGUCUUGCUGACUUUAGCUUCUUCUCCCAGCAGAUAGAGAUAGCUCCCUGGAACCCUUCUUCCUAUGUCACUCCUCACCCCAGAUCUCUAGAUCAUCCCCACACCUGGUUCACUCUUCAGUAACAAGAGCAGAGACAGGCCUCAAGUUGGACUUCCUUGCCUUUCUCUUGUCCUAAAUCACAAUUUCUUACAACAAAUCUUUUUACUCUCAAGUAAGCAGUGAUGUGUUUAGGGAAUACAAAACUGCAAGCUUAUAAACUUGCAUCUUCCUGAAGCAUCGUUUUUACUUAAUAAAUGGUUUAGAGUCAGGGGAUAGUCUUGUUUUUGUAUAAAGCAAACACAAUUAUAUUAUGGAAUAGUAUGUUCAUACACAUAAACUGUUACCAUGAAAUGGGGGGAUUGAAAGGUGAUUCUUUGUGCAAGUAGGCUUUGUUUCCUCUCCUCUGUUUUUACUGGUAUUUGGUGUUCACUUCUAACAAACAUAAUUGGAACCGUAUCCAAGCAGCUCUGGUGUUGCUGCUGACCUAGAGUUCUAAUGACUCUGAGGCAGAAUCAAAGGAGUCUACAUUGGGGGAAAUCCCUUUCUUCCGGUCUUUCUGACUGCCUUUGACCCUGUGACCUAUGUACCUAUUACAAAGUUCUAGGGCCAACUUAUUCAUGUGCAUGCAGGAUGGUUUUGAGGCAGAAAUAAUGCUUACUGUAGGAAUCCUAUUUAUAUUAUUUUUCAAUCCUGUGCAUGCUGUGAAAUAAUUUAUUUCUUUGAGGCCAGGAAGUGACCAGGCAUAUUUACUUCGAGGUUAAGAUUACCCUAGCUCACUAAAUACAUCAGAAUUUGGGGGUUAAGAACAGUUUGAGAUGUUACCAGAAAAGGCGUUUUUUUCUCAAACUAGUGGCCAAAAAAUGGCUAAGACAAUUUUGGUGUUUUAUCCAUCUGUCUACAAAGACUGGAGAAUUUGGCAUACAGCUAAUUAGAAACUCCAAUCAUAGCUAAGAAAACUACCCUAAAAGAAAGACCAAUGGCCACUCCUGAAAGCGUUUAACUAUCAGAAGAUUUAAAAGACUUUAGAAUUUGGAAACUUGUGGUGUCUUUCCCCAUCAUUGUUUGAUCUCUAAUUAGUUACCCCAUUAUUUGCAAUGGACCCAUCAUUGACUCUCCAUACCUGAUCACAUAUUAUUACUUUAAAUCAGUAUUUGGGAAAUCUAAGCAUUUAUGCAGUGGAUAUAAAUGGAAAUAUAAAAAUAUGUGCCAACUUGUCUCGAUAAAUUAUUGUAUCUCUGUAAUCCUCAAGGAAAGCAUUUUUGGUUUUACUUCGAAAGAGGUUCAGAAUUGCUUUAUAGGCUCCUGCUGUCUUCAGUACCUGAUAAAACUUUAACUAGGGAAGCAUUAAACACAGUGCAGUAGCUUCUGCCCAGGCUCCUAAGUUCCUGCCGGCAGCAUUUAUCAGUGUAAGAGCUGAGAUGCUUCCUGCAGUGGCAUCAGCCUCCCCCAGAGCUGGAGCGUGCUGCUGGGCCUUCAGCCCCAGCACCGUGAGCCUCCCCUCCUGCCAACUCAGUAAAAGUUAGAGUGCUCAGCACUGUGUCCUUACUGGCUGCAAGCUGCAGGGUUUACAGAAAUCCUUAAAAAGUCACCAAGGGAGGCAGGUAAUGAAUGUCUCCAGAACUAGUCAGGCACUCAAUAGAAAUUCUUGGCUCCCUGUCAAAUGUUGCGUUUCUGGAUGCUGAGAAGAAUUUGUCCUUUGAUUUGAUAUUAUUAAAUCCAAGGCAGUCCCAAGAAGUGCCUGCAGUCUUAGUUCUGACAGCCCAAGAAGGGAAUUAACAUAUUGAGGACCAACUAUGAGGCAGAUCCUGAGCUAUAUUCAUAUUUCUUAGAUUAUAAUAUAGGCCAGGCAUGGUGCCUCACACCUAUAAUCCAGCACUCUGGGAGGCUGAGGCGGGUGGAUUGCUUGAGCUCACAGGUUUGAGACCAGCCUGAGCAAGAGCGAGACCUCAUCUCUAAAAAUAGCCGGGUGUUAUGGCAGGCGCCUUUAGUCCCAGCUACUUGGGAGGCUGAGGCAAGAGAAUCACUUAAAGUCCAAGAGUUUGAGGUUGCUGUGAACUGUGACACCACAGCACUCUACAAGGGUGACAAAGCGAGACUCUGUCUCAAAAAAAUAAAUAAAUAAAUUCAAGUUAAUUCUUUUUAAAAAAUGAUUAUGCCUUGAUCUACACAGGUAGGAAAUAUUGGAGACAGAUUUUGAACCUUGCUCUACUUAAAUCUGUAGAUAGACUCUUUGUCCCAUGCCAUGGGACAUGCAGAGGGAUGAAGAGGCUUUAGGUUCUCCCAUUGAAGUCUGACCAUUCCACUUUAUGAAUUAUUUUCCUAAUGACAUUCCAUGGCUAUAGUUUGGACUCAGAAAUUACAUGAAGGUAGCCUUACUCCUCUUCUUUUGCAGAUACUUUAAGUACACUUUAACAACUGGGACCCACCUACACACAUACACACAAGUUGGAGGAACCUUUUAUUUUUGGUGCCAUCUUCCAUAAAUACGGUGUUUUUUAGCCGUAAGAAUAUAGAACUUUGCAGAAAUAGUAAAAAUGAAGGAUGAUUUGCUCUCUACUGUAUUUGAAAAUGUCUGCAGCAAGGAAAAGGAAAUCUCAUAUUUUAGUAAACCUAGUCACCAGUUCUGUGCUCUGUGAGGAUGCAGUGAUUCACAGUUCAUUGAAUCUGGACUCUCCUGCUAAUUCCUGGUGUGUAUGUGUGUGCGUGUACCUAUAUAUGAAUGAUAAAUGUGACAUGUGUGUGUACAUCUGUAUUUCAUUACAGAAUAUUUAAGACCUGAGAGCAACUCCCUAGCAGACAUUGUCAGCUUAUAAAGCACUGAGCCAUGGUGACGGCCCUGAAGGGAAUUAUACUCUAUCCAUCCUCCAAGAUUAGACUAAUGACAUGGGAAAUUUGGAUGCUGAGCCAUUUUGGUGACCUGAGAGUCUGACUACUCCAUUCAGGCCUGAGGGCACCACUGCAGAAUUCACAACCUUGAGGUAGUGGCAGAGCCUUGGAAGUCCCAUCUUCCCACCUAGAAAAUACCCUCCUGCUGAUCCCUACAAUUCCACACUCAGAUAACGGCUAUUCAAUACUUGCUUUUCCAUAAGAAAAUUAGUUGCAUGUUUACUGUAUGGCCAUCACAUCCAGAUUUUUAUAUUAAAAAAAAAAAAUCUCAUCCUGGGUUGAGAGGCCUACAGAGAAAAAGAAAGGAGACUUCAGAUCUCAUUAUCAUUGCCUUUACCCAACAGUGUUUUGCAGCCCCACCCUAACCCAUUUCAAAAGCUGUGAUACCGAGGCAGUUCCUGCCUCCAGAGUAAGACAGUAUCAUUUGGAACACAGAACACACCCGAAACAGCAGAACAAGGGCCAGAGCAGAAUGAAAACACUUUUGGUAUAUUGGUGGGGAGUUGGGAGGGAAAGCCACAGAGCCCAUACAGACUUGAUAUGACCUCGAGAGAACAGCAGCUUUUUACUUGAUGAGAGUUAAAUGUGACCAGUCUUUCUCCAGUGACAGGCCACCUGCAUGAGUGGGGAGAACCAGUGAAUUCUUUGUGCUCUGCCUGGUUUCUUGUGCACAGUCACAUUCUCUCCUUAGUCAUCUUCCCCUUUCACCCUUUACAUUAAACAAGGGAACACUCAAUCUUUCAGGGGAAUUACGUGUUUGAGUUAAUGUUUCAGUAUAUCAUUUUCAUACUGUAAAUUAUUUUGUAAGAGAGAUUUACUACUAUCCCAGAAUGUUUGGACUUGGCGCCCCUGUGCAUUUGGAAAUCAAUAAACUAUUACUGGAAAU